UAAACUAGUUAGGUUUUUUAACCUGGUGUAAGGUGUGAGAAGAAGGAAUGGAUUACAAUAAAAUCUUACUUUCUUGCAUUUUUCUUUUUUUAAAAUGUUCAGCAUCACCUUUCUAUGACUUCAAUGCGUUUGAUAUAUCAACAGGAGAGGAAGUCAGCAUGAAAAAAUUUAUAGGCAAGGUUUUGCUGAUUGUAAAUGUAGCAAGCGAAUGUGGAUUUACAGAUGAUCAUUAUCGAGAGUUGGUUGAUUUGCAGAAAACAUAUGAUCACUCCGAAUUUAAUGUACUUGCUUUUCCUUGUAACCAAUUUGGGAAACAGGAACCAAAGAAGAAUAAAUAUAUAAUAAAAUUUGCAGAGCAAAACUAUAAUGUUAAUUUCCCAAUGUUCAGCAAAGUAAAAACUGUUGGAGAACAUGCUCAUCCGAUAUACAAAUGGUUAAAACAAGAAACCAUGGGAACAGAACCGAGCUGGAACUUUUGUAAAUAUCUUUUGAAUCAACAUGGUAAUGUGGUUCGAUAUGCGUCUCCCUCUACAUCACCAUUGACAUUACAAAAUGAUAUAAAAAAAUUAUUAGCAUUUAAGGAGUUAAAAGGUGGACAACUAUUUUAUGAACUUGAAUAUGAUGAAGAAAAUGUUGACCAUCACAAUGAGCUUUAACUUUAAUAUUGCUAAAAUUUUAUGUUUUUAUGGCUAAAUUAAAAAAACAAACAGUUUCAACAUUAAAACAUUUUUUAUUUUUUUUACAUGAAAACAAGUUUAAGUAUAUUGUAUGUAACAACAUUUUUAUAAUAUAUUUUAUAAUAUAUUUGAUAUAUAAAUUUGGAAGCCAACGUGUAUAUACCAUCUAAACAUAUAGAAGAAUAAGAAACAGGUAUUUGGACCAAAAUAUUUUAACUAGCAGAACUUAAUCUUCAAUUGUUUAGAAAAAAUUGUAACACUAUUUAUCUGAAACGUAAAAGAGUAAAAUUUUAUUUUUUUA